CAGAGACCUGUACUUGCUUCCUAUUCAGUUACUCGUCUCGGUUCGCAAACGAUUUUAUGAGAACGUUUAUUCUCUUUUAUUGAGUCAAUUGUAAUAUUAUUUUCCUGUUCGCUAAGAACAAAGACACCGCAUGAAUCUUUAAAGAAGAGACCAAACACCUGAAGGGCUCGCGCGUCGCUUCAGCUGGGUUUUUGUUUCGCCUGUUUGCGAGCGAUACUGGGACGAGCGCUCGAUCUGCUGGCAUGUUCGGCGAACCGUCUGCGGGAUAAAAAACAGCAGCAAAAGCUUGUUUAACUGACCAUAAAAAUGAUGGACCAUUUGGCAAGUGGUAGUAACAGUCAAGGGACAGUUCUCUAUGAGCCAUCUUACCCUGCCUGUAAAAUGGCCCGUAUGGAGAAAGGCAGAGAUUUACCUGGAUUUACACCUCUGAGCAUGGCAUCUAAUCCAACAACAUUGUCAAACGCAGUUAGAAGCAGAGGCAGUCUGCUUCCUGUGUUCUGUAUGGUGGAACAGGGUGAUAUAUCACUCUCCAAGAGAAAGAGGUCAGAGCAUGCAGAAUUUGUGCUGUUGAGGAAAGACCUACUGUUUAGCCAGAUCACUGAGGCUGCACUGCAAGAGCUGGGGUACACGCACACUGUAGCUGCACUGGCUACAGGUCAAGUUCAAGUUGGUCACUGGAACCCUGUAGCCCUGUCCACUGUGACUGACAAUACAGAUGCAACAGUAGGAGACAUGCUUCAAGACCUUUAUCAUAUCAUCACCUUUAGAAUCAAACUAAACAGUGUUUCUAAAUUGGAGGACUUGCCUGGUGAGCAGUGGACUCAUUCCAUUUUGAGAAAUGCCCUAAAGGAGCUGCUGAGAGAGAUGAAUCAGAGCUCACUGGCUGAAGAGUGUCCGCUAUCACAGAGCACAAUUUCGUCAGUGGUAAAUGGCACUUACAAUGCCAGCAUCUCCGCUGCAAGAUGUCAGGAGUUCGCCCAGUGGUACAAACACCACAAAAAGGCUAACGCUAUGAUGGGUGCGAUGGACAGGCAUUGCAACCAACCCUCAUCCUCCAGUCAACCCAACAUAUACCAGCAAACAAUGGAAGAUACAGUGGCGGAGCCACAUGGUAUUGUUCAGAUGCAAGCUGGAAUGCCUGGUUUGGUGACUGCUCAGCUCCUGUCACAGCAGCAUGCCAUGUCUCAACUUCUUACACAUGCUCACACGCACUCACACGGGGCUCAUCCCGUGGCACUAAGGACUCCACCCAAAUGCAAUGUGUCACCACCAACAGUAGCUCAAGGUUCCUCUCCUGUCUCUGAUGUGUCACCUGAAAUCUACCAUUGGGUGCGCGAGGAGUUGAAGAGGGCGGGAGUUUCCCAAGCAGUGUUUGCACGAGUAGUCAUUAAUAGAACUCAGGGUCUGCUGUCUGAGAUCUUGCGUAAGGAAGAGGACCCACGGUGCGCAUCUCAAUCUCUUUUAGUGAACCUUAGGGCCAUGCAGGCCUUCCUACAACUGCCAGAGAGUCAGAGAGACUCAAUUUAUCUGGAGAAAAGGGAGCGCAACCUCAACAGCACCUACAACACAAGCACCUGCUCACCUCUGCCCAUUCAGGCAAAUCUGUCACCUGUUUCCAAGGACGUUGUAGUGAAAGUGGAAUCUGAUGAUUACAGCAUAAACUCUGGCAUCUAUGAUGAAAUACAGCUGGAAAUGAGAAGGGCCAAAGUGUCACAGGCUUUGUUCGCGAAAGUUUCGGCAGCCAAAAGCCAGGGCUGGCUGUGUGAGCUGCUGCGCUGGAGGGAGGAGCCAUCUCCUCACAAUCGUACCUUGUGGGAAAAUCUUACUUUGAUACGUCAGUUCCUAAAUCUCAGUCAAUCAGAGCGAGAUGUUGUAUAUAACCAAGAAAGCAAUACAGGGCAGACACUACAUCCAGAAAUACACACAAGACCACUGCUUGAAGCACUGCAGGUGAUACCACAGCAUGUGGGGCUUAUAAAGCAACUACAGAAAAAUCCAUUGCACCAUCAACCCUUCCCACAGCCGCAACUCAUCACUGGUAGGGACACAACUCUGAUAUGUCCAAGUCUGGGAGGCACGCUUUUACCACCAGAAGCCCACACGAUCAUGCAGAGCUUCAUUAAGGAAGUGGGACUACAUCCAGACCAAGAGGCAAUUCAUACACUAUCUGCUCAACUAGGUGUGGAGAAAGAGACUGUUCUCAGCUUUUUUGAUGGUCACAACUGGCAUCAGCCAGAUGAUAAGCACAAGAGAAUGGACCGACGAGAAGACAGGGAAGAUGAUUACAUGGAGGAAGAUGUAGAAUGCAGGUAUACAAAGGACAGUUACGAGAGGACAGAGGAAAACAAGAUAACUGGGAAACAAGACAUUGGUGUGGUAGAGCAGAGUGCAUCUACACAGACUCGCCUGAUCAAUACUAUUAAAAAAGAGGAGCUCCCAUGUAAGGAGGAGCAUGAUGAUAGCCCCAUCCAUUGCCACUUCAUAAACUCCUAAAAAUUCAUAUUAAAUCCCAUUUAGACAAAUGGACAGAAGUGGAUCCAGAUUUCACAGAGGAAAUGCCAUGGAAACAUAAAUGAAACAUAACUGUUCUGUAUUUUAAAUGCUUUAUUAUUAUUAUUAUUAUUAUUAUUAUUAUUAUUAUUAGGGUGUAAAAAGGAAUCAACCUGACAAUGAAAAUUGAUUAAAAGCUGGAUGAGUAUUGAUUAAAGGAUUUUUUUUAUCACCUAAAAUGCAAUUCUUGAGAUAUUUUCGGUUGUAAAAAUCCACUAUAUACAGAUAAAUUUUCUGUGUAGACUUUGUUCAUUGUCCUUCAAUUACAUUUGUGUCUUCAUUAUGUUUUCGAAAAUAAUAAUAAAAAGUAGCAAAAUAAUCGGAUUACACCAAAUGAAAUUGUGACCAAAUGUCAGAUGGCAUGAUGCAUCAAUGUCAGAGCAAAUAUUUAAACCCCUAAAUGAAAAUAGUUUGGUAUUUUAGAGUAUUAUUUAAUGUUUGUCUCUUAUUUCUGUUAAAAUCCUUAGUCUCACAAUACGCAGGGGAUUAUGUUCAGUAUUAAGUGUUGAAACAGCCAAGCAGUAUUGUCUUUUACAAAUACAGAGACUGUGUGACAUAUUAUGUCUGUUGAGAAAUGAACGGCACAUUACUACAUUAUUGUGUAUUAGAUGAAACACAAUAGAAACAGCACUUUCAAUAGUUCUCUCUUUCUAUACAUGUUCUUUAGAUGGUGCACUACAGAAUUUCAAUAAAGCUGUACUGUUUUAUUGUUCAUUAUAUUUA